CGCUGACGUGGUUUUUCUGGCUGCUAGCUAAGAAUCCGCGCGUGGAGAGGGAGCUUGAGAAGGAGAUAAUGGAGAAAUCAGAGGCUCCGGUGUACGAUGAAGUGAAACAUAUGGUUUACACGCACGCGGCGUUGUGCGAGAGCAUGAGGUUGUACCCACCGGUGCCGAUGGACACGAAGGAAGCAGUGGAGGACGACGUUUUGCCGGAUGGGACGGUGGUGAAGAAAGGGACGAUGGUGACAUAUCAUGUUUACGCGAUGGGGAGAAUGGAGAGCAUUUGGGGUGAUGAUUGGGCUGAGUUUAAGCCUGAGAGAUGGUUAGAGAAGGAUGAAACUGGAAAGUGGAGGUUUGUGGGAAGAGAUUCUUUCACUUAUCCUGUGUUUCAGGCAGGUCCUAGGAUGUGUUUGGGGAAGGAAAUGGCUUUCAUGCAGAUGCAGAGGUUGGUGGCUGGGAUUAUGAGGCGCUUCAGGGUUGUUCCCGCGUUGGCGCCGGGUGUCGACCCUCACUUCAUUUCCUUCUUAAGUUCCCAGAUGGGUCCGAAACCGACCGUGGCCGACCGAUGCUCAGGCCUAACCAAGGCUGAAGGGUGA